AGUUGAUAAACGCUCGUGCUUUAGUUAACUCGAACAGUAGUGGACAACAUUGCCGCGAGCUCACUCGUUUUGUUCUGUAUAAAUAAAUUUGUUUAGAAGUAUUAUAGUGCUAAUACGUUUUAUUGCAAUUUAUUGUUGUGCGGCAGUUUUAAUUGAAUUUGUUGCUCAUAAAGUUUACUUAGAAUUACAAAGUGUAAAGAAGUGCAAACAUCAAUAUACAAAGUUAAAUUGUGAAGAAAAAAUCACUCAAAAUUUAUCAAACACUCUUCAAUAAAAUGAAUAAUAAUUUGGAAAAUUUGGUGAAGGGUAUUUCUGAUAUAAAUAUGGAUAAGCUUGACCCUAACGUGUCGAUCGACAUGGAGGCCCCUGAGUUCAAAGAUUUUGCUAAAUCUAUGGUUGAUUAUAUCGCCGAUUAUUUGGAGAAUAUACGCGAUAGACGAGUCCUUUCCGAUGUAAAACCCGGUUAUUUGCGACCACUGAUUCCUGAUGCUGCACCGGAGACGCCAGAAAGUUGGGAGGAUGUUAUGAAGGAUAUCGAACGUGUUAUAAUGCCUGGCGUCACACACUGGCAUAGUCCCAAGUUCCAUGCUUAUUUUCCAACAGCCAACUCAUAUCCAGCUAUUGUAGCAGAUAUGUUAAGUGGUGCGAUUGCAUGCAUCGGUUUCUCUUGGAUUGCUAGCCCCGCAUGUACUGAGCUGGAAGUAGUCAUGUUGGAUUGGUUAGGCAAAAUGAUUGGUUUGCCCAAAGAGCUAUUGGCCUGCUCGGGUGGUAAAGGCGGUGGUGUUAUACAAGGAACAGCCAGCGAAGCAACUCUAGUGGCACUUUUAGGUGCUAAAGCUAAGAAAAUCGAAGAGAUUAAGAAACUGCAUCCAGACUGGAGUGAAAAUACAAUCAUUUCAAAAUUGGUGGGCUACAGCUCUUCACAGGCGCAUUCGUCGGUUGAGCGUGCUGGUCUACUUGGUGGUGUUAAAUUGCGUGGCGUUCCGGCAGACAAAGACAACCGGCUUCGUGGCGAGGCUUUGGAGGCGGCAAUUAAGAAGGAUUUGGAGGAUGGACUUAUACCAUUCUAUGCCGUUGUCACGUUGGGCACUACAAAUUCAUGUGCUUUCGAUUACUUGGACGAAUGUGGUCCUGUUGGCAACAAGUACGGCGUUUGGAUACAUGUGGAUGCUGCUUAUGCGGGUGCCUCUUUUAUUUGCCCCGAAUACCGUCAUCUAAUGAAAGGCAUCGAAACGGCAGACUCGUUUAAUUUUAAUCCACACAAAUGGAUGUUGGUGAAUUUCGAUUGCAGUGCUAUGUGGCUCAAAGAUCCCAGUUGGGUGGUGAAUGCUUUCAAUGUGGACCCGUUGUAUUUGAAGCACGACAUGCAGGGUUCAGUACCCGACUACCGACACUGGCAAAUUCCAUUAGGUCGUCGUUUCCGUGCUUUGAAAUUGUGGUUUGUACUACGCUUGUAUGGCGUGCAAAAUCUACAGGCACACAUACGUCGUCACUGUGGCUACGCUACACAGUUUGCUGAUCUCUGCAGAGCCGAUAAUCGUUUUGAAAUUGUUGGCGAUGUAAAUAUGGGUUUGGUUUGUUUCCGUUUAAAGGGUGCUAAUGAUAAGAGUGAGAAACUAUUAAAACUUAUUAACGGACGCGGUAACAUACAUAUGGUGCCAAGUAAAAUAAAUGAUGUAUACUUUUUACGUAUGGCGGUUUGCUCCAGAUUUACCAAGCCAGAGGACAUGGAAUAUUCUUGGCAUGAAGUUAGUGAAGCUGCUAAUGACAUCUGCAAGGAAUAAAAAAAGAGAAAACCAUUUGUAUUAAUAAUGAAGACUUAAAACUAAAAGAAAGAAAAUGACUUAUUUAGGGAACGAACCUGAAGUUGUACUUCAAUUGGUUCAAUGAAAACGAAUGCCUGCUAACAUUCUCUCUACCAUAUAUAUUCCAUUAGUACAUAAAUGCUUAAAUAUAUUAUUGUUGUUGAUAUUAUAGCCAAAUACUAUUUACUUAAUGCUUUUAA